AUGGGACCUGACGCGGGGGCCCGCGUAGUGCUGAUCUCACCCGAGAGGAACAGGCUCCGCUACGCGAUCCGCCUCCACUUCCUAGCCUCGAACAACAUCGCCGGACACGAGGGCCUUGUCAACGGCCUUCGCAUCGCCAUUGAGCUUGGAGCGACAAGACUCUAUGCCUACGGUGACUCUAAGCUGGUGGUGGACCAGGUCAUGAAGGAGUCCAACUGCGAAAGCUCCCUCAUGGAGGCAUACUGCCAGGAGACCCACUUGCCAGCACUUCAGACCGCCCCCUUAACCUGGCCGUUUGUGGUCUGGGGUCUCGAUAUGGUUGGGCCUCUUAGGAAGGCCCCUGGUGGUUUCACUCACUUGCUCGUCGCGGUGGACAAGUUCACCAAGUGGAUUAUGGCAAAACCCAUCACCAAAACCAACUCCCAAGAGUCCGUCAAGUUCUUCCUGGACAUCGUCUACCGAUUUGGUUUGGAAAACACCAUCAUCACAGACAACAGGACCAACUUCACAGGCAAGAAUUUCUUGGAGCUUGCCGACGGAUAUGGGAUCAGGAUCGACUGGGCCUCGGUCGGACACCCUCGCACCAAUGGGCAGGUGGAGAGGGCAAAUGGCAUGGUCCUCCAAGGACUAAAGCCUCGUAUCUUCGACCAACUCAACAAGUUUGUUGGGCCGUGGGUCCAGGAGCUCCCAACCAUCGUCUAG